AUGUCAUCCCGUAUCCCAGACGAAACGCUCUCCAAAGUUCUCGAGAAGAUCCAACUUCAAGUCUACCAGACCAACCAACAACUUGCUGCUCUCCGCGCUCAGAUCUCAGCUCGUGAACGAGAAGCAAAACUCAACACACUCACUCUCACAGAAUUGAAGGCGGUAGAAGAUCCAAAUGCGCCAUUUUACCGUUCUGUUGGCAAGAUGUUCAUGCAAGAGUCGCAACCAGUAGUAUUGGCAGAACUGGAUCAGAAACAAAAAGCAAUCACAUCAGAUAUCGAAGCUUUGCAAAAGAAGCAAAAGUAUCUGCAAAAACAAGGAGAAGACGCACAAGCACACCUCAAAGAUAUUUUCUCCAGCGUAAACCGUCAACAGCAACUUCAACAAUCGUCUUAG